AUGGAAGCAAGGACAGGACGAGAUAAACAAGUAUAUAAAAAAGGCAGUAUACGUCAGGUUGCUGGUUGUGUACCAAUUAACAAAAAUACAAGAAAAAUCUUAUUAAUAACAAGAAGAAAGAAAGAAGGCGGUUGGGUACUGCCUAAAGGUGGUUGGGAAAAUGAUGAAACAGAGCAAGAAGCUGCUGCUAGAGAAACAUACGAAGAAGUGAAAAAAAUGAGUUCACAUAAAGUUAUAAUAUUAACAGGAGCUAAUUCAGGUUUAGGUUAUGAAGCUCUCAGACAAAUGCUAAAACAUCCAACUCCUUAUCAUUUUAUUUUACCAGUUCGUAAUAUCGAUAGUUCUCAACAAUCAAUCUCACAACUAAAAGUUCCUGAUCAUCACAAGAUUGAAUUAUUUCAACUAGAUUUGGAAUCAUUCGAGUCAGUUAAAUCUUUUGCAAGUGAAUUUUUAUUACGUUCACCAGCUUUACCAAUAAAUCGUCUGAUUCUUAACGCUGGAGCAGUUUUUAAAUCUUUGAGAAAAAGUGUCGACGGAUUAGAAUCAACAUUUCAAAUCAACCAUUUAUCUAAUUUUCUAUUAAUAGAUUUAUUAAUUGAUCGUAUGUUAAAUUCAGGAGACGAUGUUAGGAUAGUGUUAGUUAAUAGUUCGUUACACAUAAAAGGUACUGGAGCAGGUGAAGGACCAAAUUUAGAGUAUGACAAUUUGGAUGGGAGUAAAGUUUAUGACGGAUUAUUAUUCUAUAAGAAUUCUAAAUUGUCACAAAUGUUAUUUUGUUAUCAACUUGAUAAAAUCUUGAAAGCGAAGGAAGUGAAAAAUAUUUCUGUUAUUGCACUAAGUCCUGGUUUUGUCCCUACAACUGGAUUAACUAGAGAUACUGCCUUUUUUAAAAAAUUAAUAUUGCAUUAUAUUUUUCCAUAUCUUCCUUUCACGAGGACUCCUGAACAGGGGGGUGAAGUAAUUGUGUAUGCAGCAACUUCUGAUGAUAUUGUUGGAAAAAGUGCUAUUUAUAUUGAUCAAUUCUGUAAUAUAACCAAAUCAAGUGAAGAAAGCUACGACGAAGAAAAACAAAAACAAUGGUGGAAUAUCAGUUGUGAUUUAACUGGACUUGUUGGAAAGAAAUUGUAA